CGUCGACGUGCAUGUACGGCGCUGUGUAGUGGAGCGAGGCCCACUACUCCCCAAAUGCGGGCCUCACCACGGAAGGUGGCUAGAAACAUCGGACACUAUUAAUGGAAUCUAAGUGGUUCAAACGGAAGAAGUCGCGUGCUGGCGAGCCUCCAGGACCAGAAACACCACGACGGGAGUUCGUCCCACCUCCAACUCCCGGUCCCGAUCCUUCUCCACCGUCUUCUUCUACGGCUCCUCAGAGUUGGGUUGUGGGGAUCGAUCUCGGCACCUCAUUCACCUGCGUGGCCGUCUCCGGCGACAAGGGCACGGUAGAUAUCAUUCCCAACGACCUUGGUGAGCGUAUCACCCCGUCCUUCGUUGCAAUCGCAGGAAAUGAGCAUCUUGUAGGUAGUGCUGCUCGGACAUACGGCACGAGCCAUCCGGAGCAGGCCAUCUUUGAGGUGAAGCGCCUAAUGGGCAGGUUGUAUGACGAAGGUUGUGUGCAGGAAGACGCAAAGAUGUGGCCUUUCCAUGUGCGAAAGGGCCCGCACGGGGAAGCGCUUGUCGGCUUUUUCAAGGGUCCUGCGGCGGGCGAGGUAACAACGUUCGAGCCGGAAGAGAUCUCUGCAAUCCUGCUGCGGAAGAUGAAAGAAAUGGCGGAAAACUUCAUUGGAGGGAGAACGAUAACCGAUGCGGUGAUCACUGUUCCCGCCUAUUUUAACGACAGCCAACGGCGAGCGACCAGGGAGGCGGGGAAGCGCGCGGGACUGAAUGUCCUGCGGCUGCUGAACGAGCCAACGGCGGCGGCGUUGGCGUACGGUCAUCAGAAUCUUCUAGGAUCCAAAUCGUACGGAAAGAAGAUUCUAGUGUUCGAUCUAGGAGGGGGCACGUUCGACGUGUCAAUCAUUACCGCGGAAGCGAGCGCAGAGGACGAGUCCAAGUUCACUGUCAACGCCGUGGCGGGAGAUACGCACUUGGGAGGAGCGGAUUUGGACAACCGACUGCUGAAAUUUGUGGCGGGAAAGUUCACGCGCGACAGCGGUGUCGACAUUUUAACCGACAGGAGACUGCUCGCCCAGGCAAAACAGGCAGCUAUGAGGGCAAAGGAGAGGCUGUCAAAUCUGUGGGAGACAGUGGUGUGCAUGGAAAUUGGCGGGAAACCCAUCUCCACGGAGAUAACCCGCGCAGCGUUCGAGUCUCUGAACGGGGACUACUUCGACAAGUGCAUCACGAUCGUCGAGAAAGCUCUUCACAGCGCGAACAUGAAGAAGAGAGAGAUCACCGACGUGCUGCUGGUUGGCGGGUCCACGUGGAUUCCCAUAGUGAGAGAGAAACUGAGUGCGUUUUUCGGGACCCCGCCACUGGCGUGUCUUCAUCCCGACGAGGCGGUAGCUUACGGAGCGGCGGUGCAGGCAAGGCUGAUAGUUGACAGCAGGUGCCAGGAAGCGGCGGACGACUGCCAGUCGAACGUGCGGCGACCAGCGCUCGGGACUCCAGCGACCGCCGGUAGACCGCCACUCCGCCUACGAGGCAUAUUGGUGCGUGACGUGGCGCCACUCACCAUCGGACUUGACUCGGGUCUGGAUUUCAUGAUCUCUCUCAUCCCUAGGUUCACUCUCAUCCCUCACGAAGCUGAGCACCUAUGUUGUUGCGACAGCGAUGACCAGAGGGAGUUCAAUUUCAAGCUGUAUGAAGGUGAGCGGGCGGCGUGCAGUGGUAAUCGGUCGCUUGGCGGGUUCUUACUCACAGGUUUCGUACCUGCGCCAGCGAGCGGCGAGCCAGUGGCGCGAAUAAUUGUGAAAAUGGACAGAGAUGGAAUUCUAGAGGUAACGGCGGAGGCGACUGCGAACAACGCCGAGCUCGGGAAAAAGGCGGGAGUCAAAGUGGAGACCGUACUGCGCAGGGUGGGGACGGACGACCCCCAUGUUGCUCCCGCCCUCGCAGGCGCUGCCGACUGCAACACGCCGGAAGCGGAAGCAGAGGACGCCGCGCUCACAGCCGCUUACGAAUCUCGAGUAAAGCUGCAGACUCUGGCGUGGUCAAUCCGAGGUAGAUCUGCUCUGAUGAGGGGAAACGACGACGAAGCGACGAAGAAAGCGGUGGACGUGUCCAACUGGCUGCGCUGGCAGUCUAGCCUCCAGCCAAAGCUUGAAUACGACAAAAGGCUAGAGGAGCUGGAGAAGCUGGCCGGUUGUGCUGCUAGUGCAAUGCACGGCUGGCAGCGCCAAGGGAGACAAGACGGAGUGACAAAAGGGGUGACGUGGACGGGCACUAGCGAGCAUCCCACGUGGAUCGAGAAUCCGGAGCUGCUGAUCAUACAGGCUUGGAGGACUAACGUGGAAGGAGAUCUUCUUGGGUUUCUCUUCGGAUUGGUACAGCCGGGUCGACGCCACCKGAUUGCGCAGGAGCUUAUCGCACCGAUSUGGCAACUCGCGAACGACCUCUCGCCCGRCAUCUAUUUUCAGAGUGACGACAGUCCUGCUCCGUACAUUUUCGAGCGAUCAUUGGACCCGUACCUUCAGUGGACUGCGUGCUUGGAGGAACCUAGGGAGGAGGAUACGCUACCAUCGCGGCAGGAGUACCUGAAGCCGUACGAGAUCAUCCCUCAAGCCUUCUAUCCGAGGGCAGAGGAAGUAGUGAUCGAYGACGACAAAGAAGAAGACGAAGACGAAGAAACAUCGGAGGAGGGAAGCUAUAGURAGCACAGCGAGGGCGAACUGAGCGAAGGAGAAGAGGAGGAAGAGAAAACUGGAUCCGAGUGGGAAGCCUUGCCGGAGGAAGCGACGCGUACAGGAACGGAGGCAGACGAUCCGGAAGCGGCGCAAAAACGCGAAGAAAUUGUCACCGGGAAGCGCCAACUGGAGUUCGCCAGCCAAACUAGCCUGCGCAUCAGCAAUGACCCGAUCAGGGAUCCAGAGCCGCCGAAGCCCGAAGAUGGCAACCCUGCAGCCGCCACCUCAAGUACCGUGCGACGGAGACGGAGCCGAUCCCCCUCCUCCCCCAGCCCCACCCGUCCCCCGGUUUGCCCACGUACCGAUGCGGGCCAUAGGCCUUCGUCCUCGAACGCUGUCCCGCCGACCCCUUGAUUUUCUCACCCUCGAGCAGAUCUGUACCCCCGUCACCUUCCCCUCCCAUCCUUUCCAUCCCCAUCUC